AGCAGCCCCGCGGCGCGGCGGCGGCGCCCCUCGCCGCGCGCCGCUCGCCGGAUGGAGGCCGCCGCCGAGGCUCGCGGGCCGCUCCUCGCCUUCGUGACGGGCGCCUUCGGCGGCGACUGCGCCCUCGUGGUCCGGGCGGCCCGCCUGGCCGCGGACCUGCAGCGGGUGGGGAGCAGGUACCCGCUCGUCGUGCUCGUCGACGGCGAGGCCUCCGCGAGGGCCUGCCUGCCGCCCGGCGCGGAGCACGCGGCGUCGCUGCGGGAGGUGGGGCGGAACUACACGCUGGGCUGCUACCAGGGGAGCGAGGCAUCCUACCUCCUGGCGUUCCAGAAGAUCUGCAGCUGGGACCUGACGGAGUACGCGGCCGUCCUGUGGAUCGACUCCGACGUCAAGGUCAGAGGAAACAUAGACUCUCUUCUGGAGACCCGCCUGGAGGGCGCCAGCAUCCUCGGCAUGCUGAACGGCUGCCCCGACGGGCACACGAGGGGGCCGCACCCGCACCUUGGCUCGGCGCUCCUGCUCCUGCGCCCCGAGGCGGGCCUCGCGGAGCGGAUCGUCGAGUUCUCGCAGCUGCACUACAGCUCCAGCCUGGAGGUCGGCGCCGGGCGGCCCCACGCGGAGGGCCGCGCUCCGCGAGCGCAGCCCGAGGCCCUGCCGGCCCAGCACGUCCUGGGCGACUACUUCACCCGGAACGGGGACGUUCUGUUCGUCAACGCCAGCGUUGCCUCCGAGCCUGGCUGCCUGAGGACCGCGGAGCUCCCCGCCGCGGUGCACUGCGACGGCGCGCACCGCCAGGCGCGGCACGAGGUGUGCGCGUCCCUGGGGCUCCUGGACGCCCCCGCGCCCGGCGGGCUCCCGGCGUCCGCGCUGGCGCCGCUGCUGCUCGUCGUGGCCGCUGCCGUGCUCUCCUACCUCCUCGCGUCGGCCGCCGUGAGGCGGAGCCGAAGACUCGUCCGGGAGGCGUGAUGAAA